GGUCAACAAGCAACACCUUGAACGACUAAGGGAAGAUACUUCGUCUCUCAUAUAAUCCUCACCAUGCCUCCAUCAAAGCGUAAUCGCGUGGUCCCCACAUCCAAAACCCACAAAAACCGCAAGGAACUCGUCCGCCGACUCGCCGCCAAUGUCCAACAAGCCGCCGAACAAUAUUCCUACAUCUGGGUAUUUGACGUGGAAAACUCGAGAAACAAUUUCAUCAAGGAGGUACGAACCGAGUUCGAUGAUUCCCGCAUUAUGAUGGGCAAGACCAAGGUCAUGAUGGUUGGACUGGGACACAAUCCUGAGACGGAAGUCGUUCCCGGUGUCAGUGCCCUAGGUCCUUAUGUCAAGGGUGAGGUUGGACUGCUCUUCACCGAUAGAGAGCCGCAAGAGAUCCAGGAUUAUUUCUCCAAUUAUCUGAACGUGGACUUUGCUCGAAGUGGCACAACGGCGGCAAUGGAGGUUAGAAUUCCACCGGGUGAGAUUCACACUCAGUAUGGUGUGGACGGUGGGGAAGAUGAUCCGCUUCCGAUCUCGAUCGAACCGACUUUGAGAAGACUGGGUAUUCCUACACGAUUGUUGAAGGGAAAGGUGGUACUGGAAGAGCGACCGGAAGAGGCGAUGGAUGACGAUGAGGGGUAUCUGGUGUGCAGAGAGGGCGAUAAGUUGGAUUCACGCCAGACUUCGAUCCUCAAAAUCCUCGGUGUGCGCAUGUCUGAAUUCAAGAUCGAACUCAAAGCAGUCUACGACAAAAGUACCGAAUCUGUUCGUGAAAUCGGAACGAUGGAUGUUGAUGGACAAGAUGUUUGAACGUGGUUUAUCGACGAGGAAACCACUUAUGCGAUUUUCAAAAUGUGUUCUUGCACGGUCAGAGGCAUGGACAGAGAAUGAGCGAGCUGCACAACGAACGAAAUUCAUGCUACGACUGUCAAUAGUCAAAGGGCUCUCGAGCCAGACAUCAGUGUGGGAACAAGAGACACAAAGGCUCGCUGUCAGGCGUCGAAGCGAUUGCCCUGAUAAGCAACAACCUAGUCUGCCAGCUACAUGACAAUCACAGGUACGGACGCCUAUGACAUGUGCGGAACAUCCGUUGGACAAAAUUGAGCAGCGCUUGUAUCUUCUCAAUUCCGUCACGACGUCACACGAAACAGUACCGAAGAAUAGCACCAACCAGGAAACCUGUGAAAGGCGUGGCAAUGCGGGUGUUUUGCCACGAUUUGGACCCUGAGCAGGCCGAGAUGACUAGCUGAUCGGCAAUUGCACAGUUGGUGAUAGUUGUUUCUCAUGUGUGAACGACAGCCUGGUUGCUGAUCAGGUUUGAUCAUUCAAGAGCAGCACUGUAUAAUGAGGCGAAAAGCAACUUUUGGACCCCUAAGUCAGACGGUCCAGUGCCAACGAACGGGCGGCAAUAUGAAUCACGGCGGUGAGCGGCAUGAUUCGAUAUAAAUCUUGUCACCAAUGGUGCUGGGGGAUAGAUAGAGGGCUUGUUUUCUGAGUGCCAAACAAAU